GAUAGGGAGGACCAGCCAGGGGCCUGGAGGCACCUGCAGCUGCUGGACACGUGGGUCUCUUCCUCAGGGCUUGGUAGCUGCCUAGUUUGAGCAUAGGACUCCCUUAAUGGACAUAGCUCAUCUCUUGCCCUACUCUUCUUGGGCCUAACCCUGCUGACCAAAUAUGGCCAGAUUGUGGACACCUUACGCCGGACCGGAGGGGGCUCAGGAGAGAGGUCACGAAGAAGUCUCCCUUUUCUUGGGAGGAAUCUACACUUAUGCUUUAGAAGAAACUGUCCCUCUCUUGUUUCAGCUCUGGCAGAGGAGGGGGUGGGGCUCCUGGACCCCCAAACUGGGGGUGUCUAUUAGAACCAUAAUAAAACACUUUACUUCACCAAAGUCUGUUAAACCUCUUUGGGACAGGGUGGGGCUUUAGGAGGGUUUUGCCAUAAUUCUAUCAUCAUCACCCUGACCAACAGGUUAAGUCUAAGUUUAUAAUAAGAGAGGAUUUUAAAUUGCAAGCCUCUUAGAGAUAGUGGUCCAGGAAGAAGAAGAGGAAAGGACUUGCCAGAAUUACAGUCACACCUACCUGCAAGCAGAAUCGAGCUAAAAAUUGAAAUGUAGGUCUUCUGGCUCUGGGUCAGCCCUGAGAAACUAGCAAGUCCAGGGUGCUCACCCACUUAUCUUGGCUCUCCUCUUUGAGGGAAAGUGGAAUUUUCUAGCAGAUGAUUAGGAUAUAGUAGUUAACACUUACAUAAUGCCUUAUAGUUUACAAAAUGAUCUACGUAUAAUCCCUACAUUAACCCUGUAACAUAGAUGAUAGUUUCCCCCUUAUGCUCUAAAUGGAAUGGCUGAUAAAUAUAUGGCCCCUGAGUGAGGAAAUGGCAUUACUGCCCCAGGUGAAUCAGGGAUUUUAGAAGCAAAGCCAGAACGGAUUCUGGGUCUCCAGUUCUGUGCUCCAAGAGUGGGAAGAUCGAAUGAGAUGAAUUUGAGGCACCCCCAGAAAUCACCCUUCCCUUUAUAAAGGAGGAGUCUGAUUCACAGAAGUGCCUUGCCCAGUGAUCACACAAGCAGCAAGCUGGGAUGGGAGGUCGGCAGGAAUAUCGCCUAUAACGACUGGCCUACGCCAGAAAUGUAGGGUAUCUGUGUGAGGAGAUGGAGGAGUAACUGCCCGGGCCUAGCCCGGACCCGCGGCAGGGCCCCGAAGCCCGGGGUCCGGCUCUCCCAGGAUGGGGUGGGGCCUGCGCGGUGACCACGCCCCCCUCAGCUGCGGCCAGUUCUCCCCCGGCCGAGGGCGGGGGCGGGAGUCGGGGCCAGAAUAGCCAGAGGUCAGGGGUGGGGUCUCCAGCCCUCGCCAUGGAGGGGGAGCCCACCCCGGACUUUUCUGUCCUUCGGGACUUGUUGGCUCCUCCCUGCCUGGAGCCCGAGCUCCAGGGGGUCCUGGCGCUGCCUCGCUCUUCCUGCGCCGGCUCCUUAAUCCUGCGCCGGGAGAAGAAGGGCCCCGCAGAAAGCAGGACUCCUUGGCUGGCCCUCCCAGCUGCAGUGACCGGCCUGCGCUUCCUCCAGGAGACAGCAGAGCUGCUCCCGCAGGCUCCUGUGCCAGAAGCCCCCCGAGCUGAGCCCUGGCUGGAGCCGCCACUGCCCCCCAGGGCCUUGGCCCCCGUGCCGGUCCCUGGGGGCCCUCGAGCCUGGGAUGCUGUGGACUCACUGGCCCUCAUCAGCCUUCAGUGUCACAGGCUGAGCCCCCCGAGGAGCAGGAAGCAGGUGGGGCUGGGAGCGGGACUGGGUAGGGGACCUGGCCUCCAGGCCCUGGCAGGCAGGACCCUCCGCAAACAGCCCCACCCCCAACGGGGAGCUGAGGGGCAGGAGCCGGGAUUCCAGGGUGUGGUGCUCAGGAUGCACCUGAAGCCUGCUCCGGAGGGGCACCAGCUGCUAAUCACUGCCCAGUUCAGUUCGGCCUGCGGUUCCCGGCGCUGGGGGGCCUCGGCCAGUCCCGCGGAGGCCUUGCCCACCCCCGCGGGGGCGUCCACGUCGAGCCAUCAGCAUUCCCCAGGGAGCCGGUGCUGUGCCUCCUGCCGCACCCAGAGAACGCCGCUGUGGCGGGACGCGGAGGACGGGACCCCGCUGUGCAACGCUUGUGGCAUCAGAUACAAGAAGUACGGCAUCCGCUGCCCUGCCUGUUGGACCGUUCCCAGGAAGAGCAUCUGCCCACUUGGGCAUUGUACUCGGUGUGGGGCCUGGCUCUGUACCCCACAGGGCCCCCUCGGGAAAGGGGCUGAAGGCCAGGAUUCCAGUGUGCGGCCUCGGAUGCCCCGGCUCCACGGGGAGAGAGACAAGAGCUUCCCCAGAGAACUUGCAGCGAGGACAGGAGAGGGAGCGGGGAUCCCCCCUGGCCUGGAGCGUAGCCCUGAUGAAAUGUGGAUUCCUGUCCCAGUGGGACGGCCAGAGCCGUGACCUCGGCCCCCCCCUUCUCGUUCAAAAUCAGAAAUAAAAUGGAUCUGUUCGUGCAAAGGACGAGUGUCUGACUGGGGGGGGCCGACCCC